ACAUUGUGUACAUGGGAGAACUGCCAGCACCAGAAAUUUCCGUCAUGAGCAGACACCAUAACCUGCUCGCUCAAGCCAUCGGAGAUGUCAAAGUAGCCAGAGAAUCAAGAAUUCAUAGUUAUGGAAGGAGUUUCAAUGGGUUCGUAGCAAGAUUGUUGCCACAUGAAGCACAGGCACUCUCAGAUGAUGAUAGCGUUGUGUCAGUGUUCCCAAACACCGUGCGCAAACUUCAUACAACAAGGUCAUGGGAUUACCUAGGGUUGCCUUUGAAAUCAAAUAAAAGGAACUCUCAUAUAGAAAGCAAUACCAUAGUGGGUGUGUUGGAUUCAGGAAUUUACAUGCAGGCUCCCAGUUUCAACGAUAAAGGCUACGGACCACCCCCAGCUAAAUGGAAAGGCAAAUGUAUGAAGGGUGCAAACUUCACAGGCUGCAACAACAAGGUAAUUGGUGCCAAAUAUUUUAAACUGAACAUUGCCCGUACUUGGGGCAUUCAAAGUCCAGUCGACGAUGAUGGCCACGGCACUCACACUGCCUCCACCAUUGCUGGUGCAGCCGUCAAAGGUGCCAGCUUAUAUGGCGUUGCAAAAGGGACUGCACGCGGGGGCGUGCCAUUGUCACGCAUCGCUGUGUACAAAGUGUGCUGGAGCACUCUUGGUUGCAGUGACAUGGAUAUUUUGGCCGCAUUUGACGAGGCCAUUGCCGACGGUGUGGACUUAAUAUCGAUCUCAAUUGGUGGUCACUCGCGGAGGUUUUUGGACGAUCCCAUUGCCAUCGGAUCAUUUCAUGCCAUGAAAAAAGGGAUUUUUGUGUCGUGCUCAGCUGGGAAUGAUGGGCUUCCGGCCAGUGUGCAGAAUGUAGCACCAUGGAUUAUGACAGUGGCUGCUAAUACCCUUGAUAGGCAGUUACAGACUGUAGUUAAACUUGGCAAUGGCCAGAGGAUUUCUGGAAAUGCACUCAAUACCUAUUCGCCGAAGAAACUGAUGUAUCCUCUUAUAAGUGGAGCCCUUGCAUAUAACACGAGUAAUGAAUUCGGGGGAAAUGCAAGUGCUUGUGAUUCUUGGACUCUAAACGCUAACCUGGUGAAGGGGAGGAUUGUGUACUGCCAAGGUUUUGGUUAUCAGGAUUACACUAUUCAACGGUUAAAGGGUGCUGGAACCCUAAUGACACGUGAAGAACUUAAUGAUUAUGCCUAUAGCCCUAUAAUCCCUGGUACCGAUAUCCUUGUCCAAGAUGGGAUCAAGAUCGAUAAGUACAUCAACUCUACCAAAAACCCUACGGCAGUCAUAUACAAGACCAGAACUCCUAGUACGACCGCCCCCAUCGUCGCUUCUUUCUCAUCGAGAGGACCUCAACAGAUAACCCUCAACAUCCUCAAGCCUGAUAUUUCUGCACCAGGGGUAAAUAUAUUGGCUGCAUAUUCAAAGAUACCAUCCAUAACUGGUUACCCAGAAGAUCGGCGCCACAAUGUGUUCAAUGUGUUAUCAGGUACGUCCAUGUCUUGCCCUCAUGUAGCAGCAGCAGCAGCCUAUGUCAAGUCUUUCCACCCGGACUGGUCACCUGCUGCCAUCAAGUCCGCUCUCAUGACAACUGGUUAG